AUGGAGAUUGAGUUGUCUGAGAACGACUUAAUUAACACGCCGAGCUUUGGCAACAAGGCCCCUAGCAUGUCGAGGAACGUCGAAAGUUCAAAAGAACCCUUCAGUAUCGAAAAGCAGUUAGCGAAGGAUCCUGAGACUCUUCAAAGCUUCUCUGAGGACUCCAGGUCCGUGAGCUUCGCCGACGAUGACGAUGAUGGGCACCAGACGACCAAGGACUUGAUCAAGGACUGCCCGUUCUGCUACACUCCUACUAGGAAGUGGGUCGCCAACAUUAAUCAGUUCGACGCCUACUUGUUUAUCUUCCUACUGUUGUGGGUUCCCUACGUCUCCAGGUUCACUUUUCAGACCAGCUACCUUCACUACACCGAGAGUCAGCCUAGUCUGCGUAGUACAAAGGAGAACCUGCUCCUUUACCUUUGCGGAGUCGCCUUCGGCCUUUUAAUGUCCGUGUCCGAGUUCUUCAAGGGAGUAAAAGUGCUCGUGGACAUGUACUCGCGAAAAAAGUUCUACCCGGGUUCGGCUGACUCCUACCGUGAUUCUUACCACAGGGGCGCUUUGGUUCUCCAUGCUACCAGGUCUGGAUUCCCCCUGUGGACCACGAAAAACAACGUUCUCGCUGCGAAGAGGCCAGUUUCUUUCUUAAAAUGGGCCUAUCGUCUCACCAUCAGCGAGUUUUUUCUCCACGCUUUUGUUGUUUCGCGCUGGCUGGCUGCUUUCGGUCUUUUUGGCGGAACCUUCUUCACUAUCUCCGUCAUCUCACUCAUUGCAGCCAAGGGUUUGAAUGACAGUUUUCACUACAUUUUCAUUAUUCACUUCAUCAACGGGCUCACCAUACCGCUGGUUUUCGUCUACGUUUUUAAGCUCUUGUACAAGUUCAUUUCUUGUCAAGUUAAGUCAAUCUUGGUUAAGAGAAAGGGGCUGGCAUUCGACGACCCUGUUCCUACAAGGAACGGAAAGACUUUUUUAGAAAGACCUGUUUUUGCUUUUUUGGGUGACAGCUGUCCUUGCACCUUUGCUGUAGAUGCGAGCAGCAAACUCCCCAGGUCGUACCGAUACUCAAUUCGGUAUCACUGCGUCUUCAACGGUUUCAAUAAACUCAUUUUCUUCUCUGAAGUCGCUGUGCUCACCUUGUACACCAUCGGCAUUACUCUCUUCUCACUAUUUUCAAAGAUUCACUACAGAUCAAUAUCGCGUUAA